AGUUGAGGUUGAAGUCGGACGGAGAUGGGGGAGCUCAGUGCAAGAACAAGGUUGAGGUUAGGGCGAAGGACAGUAAAGGGGCGAUGGAGCUCAAGGUCAAGUAAACUUCUUUGUUCCUAUCCCUUAUUCUCUCCCACUUUCCCUUUGCUUUCUUCUUCGGAGGAAAACAAGCCUAACAAUCAUGGAAGUGAUGCAUCGAGCGGCGCAGCGCAGUGGCAAUGACAAACGCAUGUGCUCUCGGUACGUGGGCAGGUCCAGCACUAUACAUGGAGGCCCAUUUACAUGGGAAGGUGACGAGCCGUAAACGGGACCGAGGGCUCAUCAAGCCCUAGCGUUUGGGAUUCUAGUCCUUUGUAGAUAUUUGGUUGGUGCGUGGAGCGAGCAAAAGACCUAGCUUUUAGCCAAUCCAUUACUCGCAAGGUUCCCUCCUACCAACGCCGCCAUCCAUCUCUCCUCAUCCCUCAGCUGCUGCGACGCCGCUGGUUGGGAGUCUCGAAAUCUGUUUUCCAUGGCGGAAGCUGUCCCGGAGAAGCCUCUCUCUUUAGCCGAGCAAUAUUCGCUUCAAGGCGUCGAGAAGAUAGAUCGAGUUGAGGUUUCCAUUGAACAAACCCCCGACAAGGAGAAUGCAGCCAAUGCUAGUCCAGGUGAUGUCAUUGCAGAAAAUGCUGAUGAGACCCUUGCAUCGAAGGCUAUUACAGAAAGCACUGGCGAAACUGCUGUCCCUGAAUUUACUGAACAGACGACUGAUGCAGCCCCUGCUGUAGAGGAAGGAAGUGCUGUUGAAGCAACCAACGACCAAACGACAGAGGAACAAGAUACCGAAGAACAGGAAGUUGAAGAACGAGAGAUAAAGAUUGAGACAGCACCUGCUGAUUUCCGCUUCCCGACAACCAAUCAAACAAGGCAUUGCUUUACUCGCUAUAUUGAAUAUCACAGGUGUGUGGCUGCUAAGGGAGAAGAUGCUUCUGAAUGCAAUAAAUUUGCCAAAUACUAUCGGUCACUAUGCCCAAGUGAAUGGGUAGAACGAUGGAACGAACAACGCGAAAAUGGCACCUUCCCUGGUCCUCUAUAAAUUGUGUUCCCGAUUCUCAGCAAAAUGCUUUUGAUUUGGAAGAUGUUAAUCAAUAAUGAUUUUGACUUGUCCACAAACCUGUCAAAAUUAGUGUUCUAACAAUUCGGCCAAAAAUUGCUUUCUUAAACACCGAGUGCAAGUGUUCUAACUCUUAUUUCUAAAAUUUUAUUUCUCUCUUA